UGCUCUUCUGAUAUCCAUAAUGUAGGGAUUGUGACCUAGUUAGCGAAAACACGUAUUGCAGGAAUUCUGUUCAGCACAAGCUGAAGUUAUUUGAUGUAGGGCUGUAAAGGCUCUUGUAUGCUUUUCUUGGGAACGUGCAAGUGCUGUAUGUAAAAAUGUUGCGAUACCUUCAUGUAAUUGUCAUCUGUAUGCUAGAAAUAAAAUCUAGAGAUGACUGCCAAAGAAGUCAGUGGAGAGGUGCAAUUUUAAGGGUGUGAGUGAAAAGUAACAUCAUAAAUUCCAACCAAAUAGGUGAGGUUGCCUGGGGAUAUAUCCUGUCAUGUCCUGUUCUUCCUUCCACACAGUGCUGUGCAGGGAGACUUCUGCAGACUGUUAACUGUGCAGUUAGCCUUUUCCUUUACAUGGUAGACCCCUGCCUUCCCCUUCUUGAGGAACAACAUCAUGGUAGGUUCGGGAGGCCAGGGAAGACAAUAGGUUUAGUCCCGUGGGAAGUAAAACCUAAAAGGAAUUAUUUCAUCAUUUUCUCUUUUCUUGUAUUCAGAUCAUCCCUGAGCAAAUUUUCUUAAGUCAGUAAAAAUGAGAAAGGAUGUUGGCUCUGAAAUUUUAAAGUGCUACUUAAUACCACCGCAGUCUGGCUAGCAAACUUUAGUCUGUGGAUCUGACUGCCACCACCCUCCUAGUUCUUGUCUGGACAAACAGCAAGUUUUCCCUCCUUGCAUUAUGAAGAGCUGACCCCCAGCAGCUGACACCCACGAGAGCACGCUCUGGCAGGCUGAAGCUCCUCAAGGGAUCCAUUUCAUCUAUGCAGCUGAAUGUGGAUUGUUGCUGUUUUGUACAAAGCUCACCAUAUGACAGAUUACAUCUCGCUUACUCCAGGCCCACACAGAUGGUGCGAGUGACUAACUGAUGCCUCAAUUUUGCACAGCCUACACACUGAUGUCAUAAGAAAAGGCUAAUACCUCUGAGGUGACUCUCCUUAUUUGUUUGUAUUCCAACAAUAACAGUGGGAAAUGCAACAAUGAAGAAGAAAUUAAGAAAAGCUGAACUUUGUAUUAGGAGCAACUGACAUAAAAUGUGGUGUUCUGAGUACAAUGCUACUGAGGGUCUCUAGAAAGGUCAGAAUUAUAUAUGGAAUGAAAGUGAUGUUUGGACAUACAGAUGGUCCACAGUUAUCUACCAUCAGAAUGGAGUGCCUGUCUUGUUUAUGAAGCGCCCUGUGUUCAGUGUGACCCCAAAGUAUGAGAACAUCAGUGUGGAUAAACCAGGUUUUUCUCUCUAAGAGGUUUAAGAAUGGCGUUUUCACCCCUUCCUUUCAUCUACCUCAGAAUACCUUCAUCUUCCCUUCAUCUGUCUUCCAAGAAAGAGGCAAGUACUGUAGAAGGCUCUGUGGUGGAAGGACACAAAAUGCCCUGAAUGCAGCUUCUGUUGCAGAAGAAGAGCAAGAGGAAACAAGGAGGGUCUUCACUGUUGGCUGUGACUGUCCAAAACUCUCAGUCAAACUGCAGCUUCAGGCAGAAGAACGAGGAGUGGUGUCAAUCAAAGGCGUAAAUGCGAAUCGCUUUCUGGCUAUGAAGGAGGAUGGCAGAUUGCUGGCCUUGAAAUGUGCAACGGAAGAAUGUUUCUUUUUUGAGCGUUUGGAAUCUAAUAACUAUAACACUUAUCGAUCCCGGAAAUACUCUGAUUGGUACGUGGCGCUGAAAAGAACUGGGCAGUACAAACCUGGACCAAAAACUGGACCUGGACAGAAAGCUAUCCUUUUCCUUCCUAUGUCAGCUAAAAGCUGAUUUCCAUGGCAGAUUCUGAGCACACACGCCACACUACGCUGAAGAUGUCGAGUUUCCUGCUCCUCUCUGAAGUAGCAAAACCAUAAGCAAUUAUUUGCUGAUCAUCACUACUUUUGCAAAUACCAGAUUAAACCAUGAAUGUUUCCUCCUGUCUAACUUUGCUCUUUAAACCUAUUGUGCCAGUGUGUGCGGAGGUAGAGUUACUUGGAAGAUACAUUUUCAGGAUCAAUAAUACUUCUGUUUUGUGCUAGAUAUCUAUGUAGAGCUGUUUUAUUUGCCUUAAGCUUGCUUUACAGAGUAAAAGAAAACAAAUCUGAUGCACACUUACAGCAAUAUUUACCUUUAAAAAUAAUUUAUAUUUCUAUAACUUGUUAGAGAAUAAACAAUUACUUUCUAAUAAUUACCUAAAAAGAAGUCCAUAGAUAAUUUUAAUAUGAUCUCUGUAACACUACAAUAAUAACAAUAAUCCUAAAUUAUUACUGUAAUGAAAUGUGAAAUGUAUUGCUAUCACAUCAUGCUUCUGUAGGACUCAGGCAGCUCCCUGUGGUACAGUUUGUAGAAGAGGCCUGUGUAGACAGCAGGGAACUCUCUCAUGGUGAGAUCGAUCUUGUCAAACCCCUCCCUGUAUCCAUACAGUAAGAGUUUAGCUACAUUGCUGGUGAUGGGAGUAGCGAGUUUCGUCUGAGCAAGCUCACCGAGGUCCAUCCACUCACACCUCAGGCACUCCUGCUGGCAGAAGCUGAUGUUGAAGGAGGAGGGCUCCAGACGACAGAUGAUGUACAUAUCCGACUUCCCGAAGGCUCCAGGGUGUUCAUGUUGCUGCCGUAUGCUUAGGAUGGACUUGAACUCUGACUUGAUGCCAGUCUCCUCAAACACCUCUCGAACUGCUGUGUCUCCUAGGUGGAAAGAGCAAACCUUACAGUACAUAUGAGAAUAGCUCAACACUCUUAAAACCUCCUCAGUGUAGAAAAUCUGUAACUCAAAGUGUUCUCUGUUAUGCUUUGUAAGCUGUUUGGAAUGUCAGCCUAUUUGUUUCAACACAAGGAUAAGCUAAUUUUUUGGUCCCCGAACAAAACUAACUGCUGCAUGCUCUUCUUGUUUGUGUUCUAGAAAAUGAUGAAAGUAAGAAACUUUGGUAGUUCUGCACAGGGUGUGGUUUUGAAACGGACAUUCUCGUGCUUGCUGGCUCCAUUAUCUCUUAAUCCAGGGCAGCAUAGCACCCUCCUUUCAGCCCUUUGAAUCUUGGUCCCCUCUGUCUCCUUGCCUCUGUCCAGUUUCAGGUUCAGACCCAGAGCAGCUGAACACCUGUAGCUACAGGAGACCACUUGAUUAAAUCCACUCCAUUGUGCUUUGCCACAAGGUAUAACAAAAUGGGUAAAAAUAUGGCUUGAAGAAGGUGAAAGUUGGUGCUAGGUCUGUUUCAAGAUGUACGUUAAGUGUGCAGUGACAUUUCAGAUAUGCCAUAAUACCAGCAUAGCACACAGCCAGUGCUUGCAGGAAUCUGUGCUGCAUGUGUACGUGUUGUGCACAUCAACCGAAGUGAUGGAGGUAUCAGUUUUCUUCCUUAUCAAAGGAGCCUUAACUCCAGGGGCUUAGAAGGUAAGAACUUAAAUUGAGGAGCCCGAAUGAGAAGUUUUCUGUUCUACUUAUCUUCCCAAAGUCUGCAGUUUCAUUGUGGUCAAGUCAAAUCCUACUCGCCAGGGGCAGGUAAAAUACUGGUAGGUAAAAUACUAGCUUUUUCCAACUCUAUGUAAACUCCUUGUUGUGUCUUGUUUGUGAAUGCAUGUAGCUGUUCUGUGAUGUUCCCUGCUUCCAUUAGUUCAUUUCAGUGUGAAACGAGUGCAUUGACUUACUUCAAACACAAAAUAAGUUUUAAGAGAACUUGUAUUUGCCUUCCUACGGAAGCUCAUGUUGUGAUAUGUCAGAGGUGAACAGAGCAGGCAGGCAUUUUAGAGGUAGUUUCAAAUAUU